GGGUGUGGGAAAGAAUGGGAGAACCGGUUUUGGAAACUCGCCCCCCAGACACAUGGAUCCCCCCAGCACCGGUGGAAGAUAAACUACAUAAGGAGGGUCCCUCGCUGAGGGUCUCUGAAGAGGAUACAAGUUGGAAAACAGUUGGGAAGAAAGGGGGGAAACAUGUCUGGGUCCCAAAAGAUCCCCUGGGGGAGUCGGGGCCCCCGACGCGGAGAUGGUAGAGAUGGAUGGGGGGGCAGGGGAGGCGACUGUGGCCCCGAAGGGUAUUGGAAUGCAAAACAAUUUAGGCCCCGAGAGAGAGGGAUACGCUCGGGAGGUGGAAGAUUGUGGCAGGGACCGCUCGCUUGUAGCACAGGCUCCGGAGGCCCUCGAGGAAACAGUUGGGAAGAAAGGGAAACAACAUGCUUGGGUCCCAAAAGACCCUCUGGGUGAGUCAGGGCCCCUAGACGACAUGCAAAUAGUAGUGAUGUAUGGGGGGCCAGAGGAGGAGACUGUGCCCCGGACGGGAAUUGAAAUGCAAAAGCCUAUAGGCCCCGAGGCGGUGGAGGACAGUGGCAACGACUGUUCGCUUGCAGAACAGGUUCCGGAGACCCUGGAGGGGACGGAACCAAGUGGGCAACAGCCCCCGGCGGAACAGACUGUUCGCGACGUAGACGAGGACCCAUUUGGUGAAGCAUUUGGCCCGGUGCCGAUGGACAUUGACCCACUUCCGGAUACCGAGUACAUGACUCCGGAGGGCCUGCAGUUCGGAACAGAUGGAAAGGAGGAGGCCGCACCGCUGCACAUACCCAUGGAACAAAAACGAGUUGCGGUAGCUGACUGGCUGAUGGCCAACCUGAAAGCCAAAUAUAGCCCGGUUUCCGAUGGUUUCUGGGACAAGACAUAUCUUGAGCUCUUCCCGAUGCUGGACACCAGCACUUCCCUCCAAAGGGUAUUGGAACACGGGAUGCAGCCGGGUGUGACAUGGGGGGAGGCAUGGCAUAGAUUAGCCUCUAUUGUGUUUACCCGGUUUCGCCCGCCGGUGACCAUGGUACCAGAGACUGUACCACCUGGGGAUGUGGAGGCCACGCCAUCGGGGGGUCCCCCGUUCCCCCCCCCGGACCCGGUCCCGCCCGAUAUCGACGAAGACAUAUCAAUAGAGCAGAUGCAGAAGAGGAGACUCAGGCAUUUAAUGGAAGAAGGUCAGGGCAUGGGGCCUUUAUCACGAGAUGCAUUGAUGAUUAUACCGAUGCGUAGAAAGGAAUGGAGGUGGGAGACGGAGACUACUGCAGCUGAACUUCGCAAAUGGGAACAAGCAGAAGCCGCCCGCCAGCAGGCGACUCGACGCCAGUUGGCAGAGGCCGAGGCAGCGCGUCAGCGAGCCGCAGCAGAAGCUGCAGCAGCCGCAAAGUUACAGCAACAACAGAUCGAGACAAGUCAGAAUCAAGUUCGUUACCAGACCACAAUGGAGCUCACAAACGAAAAAUCUACAUACCGCAGGUUACUUCGACAACAACACUUUCAAGCAACUGAAGAACAGGAGAACCCGACCGAGGAAGAGAGAAGCAAGGAGGUCAUAGCAGUAUUGAUGGAAAAUCUGUUGUACACGUGCAAUUGGCAGCAACGCGAACUGAUGGCCAUGCGGCAGAUCUUCAUCCGCUACGAAGGAACUUUUCGGACGCUGGAACAGAAGAUCGCUGCCUUGCAGGCCGCCCAUAGUCACAAGCAGACCAUCAACGAUCAGCUGCAGACCAACGUCAGCACAGGGUUGGCACGACUAUUUGCAGUUGAGUCAACGGGCAGUGCAGUUUCAGACUGUAGCCCAACUUUGGCCACUCAAGCCAAGCAACUCGAAGAACGGAUCAACCACGUAGUAGCAUCCCUUGGCGACAUCAACAAGUUUGUCGGGACGUCAACAGUCAGCAAUCAGCUGCAGACGCUCAGCGACCACGUUCAACAACGACCGACCGCAGCCAUCAAGGAAUGGAAAAUGCCGAACUUCAAGAUUGAGAAAUUCGACGACUACCACAAGACCGAUUCGUUGCAAUGGUGGAUGGCAAUCAACACGGAGGCGGACGUACAUCACGUCCCACCCGAGCGGCGGAUUGACGCGCUCUACCUCCAGCUCAUCGGGGGGGCACAAGCAUUCAUGAUUCGUAUGGCCAUCACGAUGGAGUGCAGCAUCGCCACCCUCCACACCAAGGUAUAUUGGGAGGACUUCGAGAAGAAAUGGACGACCCGGUUCAUGGUCAAUAACGAGAAACGCCACAAGUUGAACAAGAUCUUCCGCAUGUUUCAAGGCCAGCAACCAUCACGGGAAUGGCUGACGGAGUGGCAAAGACUCGUCGCCACCUCGGAGUUGAACCUGCCGUUCGACUCAAUCUGGGCCGAGUUCUUCGCCCGAUCUUGCGAUGCCUUGACAGCUGCCCUUGGCAGCGAAUUUCAGUAUGAGACCUUCGAUGCGAUGAUCACAAAGGCAAAGGAACUCAUACAAGGUAACCGGCGAGCGGCCAAUGAGGAUCGCCAACAACCUGGUUACGUGGAGAAAAGCAAAGGUCACCGAACGCCGCAAGUAGCAGCGAUCCAGCGAGGAUCUGGUGAGGACCACAAAGCCGCUUCAACAUCAAGUGAUGGAGAUGUGGCGGCAGCGAUACCACUGAAACGCUCAAGACCCUGUGGGGGAAAACAAAAGGCGAAAACAGCGUCGGCGGAUGGAGCGAGACAGUCACCAUGGACAAAGUUCGAGAUCACCGAAGACAUGUUCAAUCCGCCGGACUCGGCUGCCUUGCUAGUAGUCUCUCUCACGUCUGGGGAUCCCGCGGUAGUCGCAAAUUCGCGGAUUGACUUCGAGAAAUAUGCUGUCCAGCUGGUCCCGCCGUUGAACCAGCCUCUCCACGUGCAAGAUUCAAGCCCAUGCUCGGUGUUACCGUCGUCGACCAACGAACCGGUUGCUUCGCCAGCCCUUCUAUCCAAGGAUCCGUCAACUUGGGCGAGUCUUGAGGAACUCGACCCGUUGACGAUUGAGGACUUCCAAUGGUUGCCUCUUCCCUCCACCGGUUCUUUGCCAACACCGCAUUGCAACGCCCUCAUGGCACAUUUGCGCGAAUACUUGCACGUUGCAGUACCACCUCCGUCGAUGGAUGACGGAGUAGCGGUUGUUGACCUUCGCAACUACCUUGUGAAGAUCGACCACGAGCACGCAACGCGACGGUACGUCGACAUCGACGCGCCGCUCCUCUACAUCCGCAUUCAGAUCGGAAAGGCGACCUGCAGUGCCUUGAUCGAUUGUGGAGCCACUCGCAACUAUAUCAGCCAAGACUUUAUGGCACGCGCCGGGCUUGGCCCGCGCGUUCGAAGGAAAAGUCAGACUAUGCACGUCACGUUGGCCGAUGGUCACACGCAAAAGUCAAUCGACCGUUGUGCUGACUCUGUGCCCGUGUACUUUGCCCCACUAGCAUGCGAGGCCGUGCCAUUUGACAUCUUGGACACUAAGUUUGAUAUGAUCUUAGGCAUGUCGUGGCUGCAAAGCGAAGACCAUCCGGUAAACUUUUUCCCACGCACCGUUCACGUUCGUGAUCGGCGUGGCGAACUAGUCCCAUGCACGGUGCCGCUUCCUCAUCCUUCGAUUGGUUGUCACGUGGUCUCUGCGGCGAGCAUUCGCCAAUCCAUCAGCCGACACGACAUCGAGGAGAUGGGCAUUUGUUUUCUUCACGCCCUCCCACCCGUUGACCAGCCCAAGACGGACACAUCGGACCCACGCAUCAUUGAGCUUUUGGACAGCUAUGAGGACGUCUUCCAAGCUCCUGCCGGAGUAGUACCGGAUCGGCCCAUACGCCACGGGAUCACUCUUGAGGACGGCGCCAUACCUCCGCGCGGAUGCGUUUACCGAAUGAGCGAAGAGGAGCUUCAAGUGCUUCGGGCACAACUAGACGACCUCUUGCCCAAGGGCUGGAUUCGCCCUAGCUGUUCGUCAUACGGUGUUCCCGUUCUCUUCGUCCGGAAGAAGAACAAGGACCUUCGUUUGUGUAUCGACUAUCGGAAACUUAACGCGCAAACGAUCAAGAACGCCGCUCUCUCCCGCGGAUCAAUGAUCUCCUCGAGCGACUAGGCGGCGCCAAACACUUCUCGAAGUUGGACCUCAAAUCAGGCUAUCACCAGAUCAAGAUCCAGCCAAGCGGUC